AUGGUAAACCAGGUAUUGAAACAAUUAGACACGCCUAUUCCAAAGUACAGUUCGUCUCGCCAAGGCAAUCCCAUUAUUCUGCUCGGUGAAUAUAGAUUUAAAAAGCGCUCCAGACACACGAACCAGAAGCAGGAGGUGCACUGGGUCUGCAAUAAGAUCGACAAGGGCUGCAAGGCGAAGCUGACGACCUGGAACGAUGCUAUAAUUCGGAUAUACAACGUGCAUAAACACGACGGGGUAUAUUAUACAACGACGAAAAAAGGAAAUCGAUCUCUGGUGGUCAAUGGUUACUCCUAUGCCCUGAAGCAAGAGACUUCAGUCGCAACACACUGGCGAUGCUCACGAUAUUACAACCGAUGCCGCGCCAUAGCGCACACUUUAGAUGGUCGUAUACUCAAAUGUAUGGGAUUUCACAACCACCCACCACCCGAAAGAUCGCCCCCCCCCAUUUUAGUAUGA